GCGAAUUCGAGCACUUGUAUGACGAGUGGGCAAUAAAAAAAGUGUGAGGGAUACAGUUCAGGCGGAAAAAAAUGAUUUUAGGAUGGCGAUGUUGGUGGUGUGAGUGAGUACCGGGCGACGGUUAAAACAGGAGUAUGGUUAGUUGCUCAUAAAGUAUAGUUUGACAUUUCUCGCUGUUCUGUCGCAAAGAGUGGUAAUACGAAGUUUUGACACGAAAAAAAAGAUGAGCAAAGGCUGGAUAAUUAGUGAAAUGUUUGAGGAUAGUGAUUCGAGGAUGGAGAAAAUACCGGAGGUUGAAACCAAGAAAGGAUUCAACGAAUGGCUAUCGUGCUCCUGGCCGUUGAAGCAAUUCGACGAAUCAGUUCCAACAAAUAAGCGAAAGGCUGUGUGGAUGCGUUUUCGUGAUCAGUUCGAGAGGAUAGUGGCGUGCAAGGCGUCUGUUGAUCCGAAAACCCGAGUGACGGGCCUUAAAAUUUUUGCGGAAGCUAUUUGCUGAGUAUAAUCGAGAUGCAGCAGCGGAAUAUGGCACCUAAAACUCCAGACAUUUACAAGGAAACGAUCCGAGCACUCGAUACUUAUUUCAACGAUUUGUGCGAUGCGUCGAAAGAGCGACUGAAAUUCCGGGAAAUGAGGAUGAAUGCUAAGGAGCCGUUUGCAGAUUGGGUGCUCCGCCUGGAGAAACAAGCAGCUUUAUGUAAAUUCGUGGAGGCACAGCGGGAAGAGGAGAAGAUGCAGGCUAUAACAAGGCGUUCGAUUCAGACAAUUGCCUAUAAGUUAUACGAAAUGGCAAGUAUUUUCGGAAAUAGCCUGGAGCGGGUGGUUAGUCACGGCAAACAUUUAGACUUUAUCCGCACGGAGGCUUAGGAAUUAAAACCUUAUAGAAUGGAGAUGGCAUCUCAACAAGCGGAGGAGGAUCAGCGGUCAGUGUUGAGACCAGUGAACGCUGUAAGGUCGUUGAACAAUGUAGCUCGUCGGGAUAAGCCUUAUAAAUGGGGAUAAGGUUUAAAUGGGACAAAAAUCGGGAGAAUGAAUUUCGAAUGACAAAAAUGCCGAGAAAGGAUGAUGGGCAAUGCAGUUCGAGGUGUGGACGUUUUCAUACUUGGGGCCGUUGCAAGGCGUUCAUGGCUAGGUGUUAUACGUGCGGAAAAACCGGCCAUUUUGCGGAAUAUUGUUUUGUGGCAAAAGGCAAAGCUGACAUGAAGAAAAAA